AUGUCAGCACAAACAGAAUUCACUCCAGUUACAGCCAGCGUCCUGAAAAACAGUGAUUUAUUUACCUGGAAGGAUCCGGUGAAAACGGGUAAAGUUUUCGGGUCAAUCGUUUUAGCACUUUUAGUGUUUAAGAAAGUUAACUUAUUCAAUGUGUUCUUUCACUUGGCAUACAUUGGUUUAUUAGUGUCAGCAGCUGCUGAGUACCUUGGGAAACUUCUUACGGGUCAGGGAUUCAUCACUAAAUACAAACCUACAAAUAAGUCCUACGCCAAAAUCCUAAAUGAGGAGUUCUUACCUUGUGUUGCUAAACUCAAUGUAAAGGCGGAGGACAAAAUACAAGAAAUCCUUUAUGCACAUGAUAUCGAGACCACCUUGAAAGGGGCUGGUAUUUCUUAUAUCUUGUACAAGAUCACUUCAUUAUUCUCUUUGUUUACAUUAAUCACUGCUGGAGUGGUGAUAUUAUUUACUAUUCCAGCAAUUUAUGUUAGAAACAAGAAGGAAAUUGAUGCAGCAGUAGCUCAAUAUACUAAGGUUGCUAAGGAUAAGACUUCUGAAUACACCAAGUUAGCUCAAGAAAAAGCUGCUCCGCAUAUUGACAACCUUGUCAAAAAGACUGGUCCAGUCGGGUCCUUCAUUGCCUCAAAGAUUCCAACUAGAACUGCUGGCUCCACUGUCGGCACAGGAAAAGAGACUUCUUUUGCAAAUGAUGCACAACCUUCAACAGCAACUACUACAGGGGCUUCCCAAUUUCCUAAUGUUCCUGAAUCAUCAACUAGCACCACCACAGACCUUGACGAGAUUGUUGAAUCUGCCAAGUCUAAAGCCGCUAAGGGUGAGAUUCCAAGCUCCUUUUAA